AUGCCUCCGCGGCGCGCGGCUCGUCUCGCCUGCCUCUGCCUCGGCUUCGCUUCCGCGGCCUUCGGCUUCAGCGCGCCGGCGUGGUGGCGCCGGGGCUGGGCCAAGCGCCCGGGCAGCGCGGCGGAGGCGGAGUUGUUGGCGCAGCUGGCGGUGAGGCUUCAGCCCAAAGCGGAGCUGAAGGAGCUUUUCCGGCGUUUCCCAGCACCGGAGGGGUGGGGCGGCCACUACUUGGAACCCGACCUGGCACUGCAUGGGGUGCUGAAAGACCCGGAGGCAGCACUUUUCGUGGAGUACGACGGGCGGCUCGGGGUAUUGGACCCACGGGGAAGCGAAAGGCAUCGCACUGGAUGCGGCGAAGAACGCAGCGCUGCUGUCAUAUGCGCCGCCGGGGUCAUAUGUCGUGCGGGUGAACCACGCUGCUCUUGA